AUGGAUGAUAACAAUGAACGACCACCCGAUGAGCCAAUCAUUAUCCCCAUUCUAGCUUCUUUAAACAUCGACGAGAUUCCAGCUCUUGAUCUUCAGAUGGCAAAGAGCGAGGACCGAAUCAGUCCACACGACGUUGACGAGGUAGAGAACACCGAAGCUCCACAAGAGAAUGAUGUGUCUUCUGCAGCAAGUCCCAACGAGAAGCUCCUCUCAUACGAAGAUCAAGUGUUGGGAGAGCAGCCUGUAGUAUCUCUAGGCGCUGUUUUGACUGCACAUGGCAGUACUUCAGGUUCUGAGCCUGACUUUUCUUCGGAUUGGGAGUAUUCGACUGACGAAGACGAAGAGACGACGGACGAUUUGGUUCGCAGAGUUACAGCUCAUCGCGGAGAGCCAUUUGAGUACGGUUACAAUCGAAGUCGCCCUUCUUAUUCCUCCGAAUUCCCAUCGGCCGUGGCUCUCGACCCAGCUCCUCUACCCUUGACACCCUUGCCUACGAUCGACAUCAUCUUCGAAAACGAACAUUUUGCUGUAAAGCGCUCUAAGAUUGCAGGUUGGGGAGCUUUUGCCGUCCGAGAACUCAAGCGCGGAGACAGAAUUCUCGUGGAGAAGCCUCUCUUUACCGCCAAUAAUACAACUCUUUUUAAAGACUUCGACAAGCUGAGCCAGCCGCUGCGCGAGAUCGCCUUGGGAUUACAUGCGAGUAGCUCUUGCAAACCGGGAACUCCGAAGAUCAAGGCUAUCUGGACGACUAAUUGCUUUUCGACAGGUGGUGGCGAUGAGGCAGGAUUAUUUCCCAUUGCCUCGCGAUUCAACCACUCGUGCCAUCCAAAACAGAACGUGAACUACCACUACAAUGAAACUAGCAAUGUUCUCGCGAUGGAAAUCAGAGCUGAUCGUGUCGAAGCGGGUGAAGAGCUGACGAUCUGUUAUGGGAUUCUGCGAACCCCCGUGGAUCUGUAUUUCCGCUACGGUUUUGAAUGUCGUUGCGGAGGAUGUGCUGGGUUUUCUGAGGAUGAUUUGAAAGAUAUGUGGUAG